ACCACACAGGCGAAAAUGAGGUGUAGUGGGGGAUGGGCGCGGACUCUGUUGUUAUGACUGGUACUUGGCUGCGGGACAAACUUCCAGAGGCCUUGCUAUUUUUCAUUUUCGUCUCAUCGGUCGGCUCGGCGGGGAUAUGUGACUUCGUUUCAUCGUGAAGCGGUCAAAGGAAACCGGAGCUCACCAUCGAAGCUACACGGGGACUUGACGGCGUUGGCAAACAACGGGGUGUGCUUUUCGAAAAUAGGGGGUUGAGCAUUCUUGAGGGUAACAGAGCGAUGAUGCAUGCCUAAAGAUAUCCUGAUCACAUGGGCUCCUCUAGUGUGCUGACCAAAUGGUUUAAUGACCGGGACUAAAAAUGAGCAUAAGCAGUGAUGAGGUUAAUUUCUUGGUUUACAGAUACCUGCAAGAGUCUGGCUUCUCGCACUCAGCAUUCACCUUUGGCAUAGAGAGCCACAUCAGCCAAUCCAACAUCAAUGGAGCCCUGGUGCCCCCUGCUGCCCUCAUCUCCAUCAUACAGAAGGGUCUGCAGUACGUGGAGGCUGAAGUUAGCAUCAACGAAGAUGGGACCUUAUUUGAUGGCCGUCCCAUUGAGUCGCUGUCUCUAAUCGAUGCAGUGAUGCCAGAUGUUGUCCAAACCAGGCAGCAGGCCUACAGAGACAAGUUGGCACAGCAGCAACAGCAGGCGGCAGCAGGCAGUGGCAGUGGCACUGGCCCCCAGGGAGGCACCAAGAACGGAGAGGGUGCAGCCAACGGGGAGGAAAAUGGAUCCCAUGCCUUAGCCAAUCACCACUCGGAGAUGAUGGAGGUGGAUCGGGAUGUAGAAAUACCCCAGAGUAAAGCAAUGGUCCUCAGAGGUCAUGAAUCUGAAGUUUUCAUCUGUGCCUGGAAUCCAGUCAACGACCUGCUAGCAUCUGGGUCUGGAGACUCGACAGCUCGAAUCUGGAACCUGAGUGAGAAUAGCUCGAGUGGUUCCACGCAGCUGGUUCUGAGGCACUGCAUACGGGAAGGAGGCCAGGACGUACCCAGCAACAAAGAUGUCACCUCACUAGACUGGAAUAGUGAGGGCACGCUCCUAGCAACAGGCUCAUAUGAUGGCUUUGCGAGAAUAUGGACAAAAGACGGUAACCUGGCCAGUACUUUGGGUCAACACAAAGGUCCCAUAUUUGCACUCAAGUGGAAUAAAAAAGGAAACUUCAUCCUGAGCGCUGGGGUUGACAAGACCACAAUUAUUUGGGACGCCCACACAGGAGAAGCAAAACAGCAGUUUCCUUUCCACUCCGCACCUGCUUUGGACGUAGACUGGCAGAGUAACAACACGUUUGCCUCCUGCAGCACAGACAUGUGCAUCCAUGUCUGCAAACUGGGUCAGGACCGACCCGUCAAGACCUUCCAGGGGCACACGAACGAGGUCAACGCUAUCAAGUGGGACCCCACUGGCAGCUUGCUGGCCUCCUGCUCCGACGACAUGACUCUAAAGAUAUGGAGCAUGAAACAGGACAUGUGUGUCCACGACCUUCAGGCGCACAGUAAAGAAAUCUACACCAUCAAAUGGAGCCCUACGGGACCUGGGACCAACAACCCCAAUGCCAACCUCAUGCUGGCCAGUGCGUCAUUUGACUCAACAGUGCGUCUGUGGGACGUGGAGCGUGGGGUGUGCAUCCACACACUGACCCGCCACCAGGAGCCUGUGUACAGCGUGGCCUUCAGCCCCGAUGGCAGACAUCUUGCCAGCGGCUCCUUUGACAAGUGUGUCCACAUCUGGAACACUCAGACUGGUGCUUUAGUCCACAGUUACCGAGGGACAGGAGGGAUCUUUGAGGUGUGCUGGAACGCCACCGGGGAUAAAGUAGGAGCAAGCGCAUCCGAUGGAUCCGUUUGCGUAUUAGACCUGAGGAAAUGACACUCGUACGGGGGAGCCAUGGACCGACUACGAAUGUGUACAUAGCCAAAAUGACUGACUGUCCCUGCCUGUCCACCACACUGCUGUAGUCCCACCUGACGCCAUGGCCUGCCAUUACAGCCAAACAGAGCGCUGCCCCGCCCGCACCUUCCAACACCCAUUUAAAGGACCACAUUCUUGCCACAUCCGCUUGUUGGGCACAUGUGUGAGAGACUCUCAAGAGGAGGGGGGGGGGGUUGUCGCUUCCUGUUCCAACCAGACCCGUCACAUGCAAAACCAAAACAGCAGAAUUCCUCUCGUGUCCUCUUUUUAAUCCUUUUUACCAGAAUUCUAAAGAUUUUUGUUCUGUUGGUGUGUGCAUAUUGCAUAUGUCAGCAUUUGGUGUCCUGUGGACAUUGUUUUGAAAUUGGAUUUUACUGUAAGUUUUAUAUUGUGUGCUGGGGGAGAGUUUGUUUUUACAACGUGGCACUCUUUAAAAGUUCAAACAUGCAGAUGUACAGCUGACAAGGUACAAUGGUUUAUCAUUUUUCUAUUUUUAUCCAAUAGACUUGUUGCAUUUUUGCCAUUGUAAACUGAAUAUAAACCAAUUAAUCAAAAGAUGAAAUGUGUUGUUUGCAUCUUUUGCCCUGAAAAAGCAUUUUUUCAGGUCUUCACAGUCCAUCAGUUUAAAAAAAAAAAGGCUCAGAGAUUCUAUGUGUUGCAGCAUCAUGUCGGUCUGUGUGCGUGUCAUUGUGAAGGAUUGUGGCACAACAACGGCUUGCUUUCUGGUGGGUUGAGAGAGCGACGUGGAGGUGACUAAACGGGCCCCUUUACCACUUGCAUACUUGCCCCCACCCCCCCUCCCUCAAAGUCAGCGUGCUUGCUUCCUCAAUUCCAUGGCUUUGCAGCAAAGUCAUGCUGAGUGAUAAUCAGACUUAAAGCCCCUGGAAAGUGUCUUGUUUUGCCUGCUUGCUCUAGAGACAUCACCUUGUGGAGUUUCAAGGGGCAACCUGUCACAUUUUGUCCUGUCCGAGUCACAUUUGACUGCACUUCUAGGACACCAGAGUGGGCUUUUUGUUCUCCAACCUGGUUUGAGAAGCUGCAGAAAGGCAAUGCUCGAGGCUAUGCACGAAUAGACGGCGCUUUUCCUUUUUAUUGUUCAAAUGCAAGUGAAUUCAGUGCAUUUCCACCUGAAAUACAACGGUGUGAUGUUCUUGUGCGUACCAUGAAGAAUGUUUUUUUUUGUUUGUUUUGUUUUUCAAAGUAAAAUACCAUACAACAGUCAUAAAAAAAUGUAACUAGCUGCCCUUCAAAAGGGUUUUCCUUUGCUGCACUUUAGAGUAAAAUGGAAAAACAGGGGAGGUGUGUUUACUCAUGUUAACACAUCUGAUGUUUAAAAAAAAAAAAGUGUGCAGUGUUUCCAGUGAGAUUCAAGGCUUUUAAUCACAUUUCUUUGGACUCCUCUGAAAUGUUGACGCUAACAUUUGCAUUCCAGGUUCUCAUCUCUCAGCCAUAAUCAUCAGUUCCAUAAACAGGCGUGGUGGGGGGUUUGGGGAGAAUGUUACUCGUUUUCAAAGUUUUUUACUAUUUUGAAGUUUGCUUUAAUGGUGUUGAUGUUGACUGAACUGUACUACAAAAUACACAAUUUUAAAUGAGGUCCAUGACAGUGGAAUGGUAUUUUUAAAUGUUUGUUUUAGAUAAGCUUUAUACACUGAAUUCAAGUGUUAGCUUUGUCUUGUUUUCCUUUUCUUUUGUUCUUUUUUCUUCCCCCCUCCUUUCCAUUCAUUUUUUGUUCCUAUCGAAAAUACUAACAUUGAUUCUUCUGUCUUUGCUAUGUUUGACAGCCCGUGAAGGUUUUGUACUCCAAAACUUUUGUAAUUCAGAUUGAUUUGUAACUAUACGUACUCAAAAUGAACAAAAAAAACACACACACACAUACAAAAAGAUCAAAUCUGGAUAAUUAUUGAUGUAUCACAGAAAAUGUAAAUACAAUUUUGCAAAUCUUUUUUCUUUUCUUGUGAUGUCUUUGCCCUCACUUGCGUUUUACUCACUCACAUGGUUGCAGUCUGACUGUUGGAAUAUCAGUCAGAUCUCAAGGUCUAGAAUAAAAUCUAUUUUGAUAAUA